AUGGAUCUCUCUAUAUUGCCAAACAACAACCAUCCGGACAAAUUUCUUCGUUUAGAUGUGAACUGUUUACUUACAGAUUCUGCUGCUCUAUAUUCACGACAAUGGCACAACAAGAUUUAUCUACAGAAAGAUAUAACCAAUAUUAAAGAACCUCCGCAGCCACCAAAGAUGGACAGCACUGCAGUUCAUGACAAAACACUUGUCAAUCACUUUACUCCUGAGGUACUGAAAUCUACAAUUAAAAGUAACCCACUUUACGUGGACUUAGCAAUAGAACAGAAGACUGAAGGAAAGAAAAAGCAACCAUCAUGGACCAUUCAGGAUUACGACAGUCAGUCACCAAACCCAAAGUUCUCUCUGUAUAUGAAGGAGAAUCCAAAUGAUUUACAUUACUGGCUAGAAGAUAUUUAUACACCUGGGUAUGAUUCCUUGCUGAAGAAGAAAGAGAAGGAGCAGAAGAAUUCCAGAUACUGUAAACUAUUUGCAUUUUUGGCGCUGGUAGUUUGCAUUCUCAUUGCCAUAGUGACAGUUGCUGUUAUAUUUAUUUAA